CUCCUGAGGCCUCCACGCAUGGACUAUAAUAGGAUGAACUCCUUCUUAGAGUACCCACUCUGUAACCGGGGACCCAGCGCCUACAGCGCCCACAGCGCCCCUACCUCCUUCCCCCCCAGCUCGGCUCCGGCUGUUGACAGCUACGCAGGCGAGACUCGCUAUGGCGGGGGGCUGCCCAGCCCCGCGCUCCAGCAGAACUCAGGCUAUCCCGCCCAGCAGCCGCCUUCGGCUCUGGGGGUGCCCUUCCCUAGCUCCGCAUCCUCGGGGUACGCGCCGGCCGCCUGCAGCCCCAGCUAUGGGCCUUCUCAGUACUACCCUCUGGGCCAACCGGAAGGAGAUGGAGGCUAUUUUCAUCCGUCGAGCUAUGGGGCCCAGCUAGGGGGCUUGUCCGAUGGCUACGGAACGGGCGGAGCCGGCCCAGGGCCAUACCCUCCGCCGCAGGCCCCUUACGGGAACGAGCAGACGGCGAGUUUUACAGCGGCAUAUGCUGAUCUCCUCUCCGAGGACAAGGAAUCUCCCUGCCCGUCAGAACCCAGCACCCCCACGGCCCGGACCUUCGACUGGAUGAAGGUUAAGAGGAACCCUCCCAAGACAGCGAAGGUGUCGGAGCUGGGCCUGGGCGCGCCUGGCGGCCUCCGCACCAACUUCACCACGCGGCAGCUGACCGAGCUGGAGAAGGAGUUCCAUUUCAACAAGUACCUGAGCCGGGCCCGGAGGGUGGAGAUCGCCGCCACCCUGGAGCUCAACGAAACGCAGGUCAAGAUUUGGUUCCAGAACCGGCGCAUGAAGCAGAAGAAGCGCGAGCGGGAGGGAGGCCGGGUGCCCGCAGCGCCUCCAGGCUGUCCCAAGGAAGCGGCCGGAGACGCCUCCGACCAGUCCGCAUGCACCUCCCCAGAAGCCUCGCCCAGCUCCGUCACCUCCUGAACUAAACCUCCCAACCCACGAGGCUCCCCCGAACCGGAGCGCCCCGGUCCUGCCCUCUCCUCCGCUCUCCCUAACCCAGGCCUCGGCUUUAGGGCGAUCCUCACCAACGCAGGGGGCGCCAGUUUAGGGCUGCCUUUGGGGUGAAUAGGGAAACACUUUUCUCCGGUCUAGGCGGGGUGCUGAUGGCUGCAGAUCCUACAGGACCAGAGGCAUGGGAGACACUGAAACUGUCAAAUGUGGAGAGAAGGGCUUCCUUCCACCUUUGAUCUGGGCAUCAGCACGUGGGUGGGGCGAGAGCAAGCAACAUCCUCCAGGAUUCUCCUUUCCCUUCCAACACCAGUUUAUUCAGUUCAGUGCCUUUGAGCUGUGAGGACUCUCCCCAUGCACUCCUAUCCUAACUCCCCCUUCUAGGCUUGGAACAGAGAGAAGGCCUUGAAGUUUCCUGUGUGGGAAGUGUUUGGGGGCCGGCAUAUUACUAAUGCUUAAUCUCUCCAGUCACCACAGACCUUACAAUAGCACCAGCUGCCUUGUGACUGACCAAAACUCUCCCCAGUCUAACCCUAUGAAACCCCUCCCUGCACAUUUGUAUUGCACUAAGGCAGCCUCCAGAGGUUGUUUUCUGAGACCUGCCUCCUCCCACCAGCGACCUCAUCUCCAAGCCACCAAAGCGUUUUGGAACUUGGUACUCCAGAGACUUGUGGAACGUUGUGUGGGGCCUGCCCCUAGCACACCUCUACCAGGAAGGCGCAGGCAUGCCCCCACUAGUUCCUCCCCUAUUUAUUGCCUCCUGGAGAACCCAGGACCCUCCUCUCCAUCCCUAGCCCUACCCCUGGGGCAGCUCAGGGAGGCCCUGGUGCAGAGAGGGCUCCUAGCAGCAACAAGCAUUUCUCUGAACCUUGGAGACAGUGGAGGCACCUCCUGAGUUUCUGGAAACCUGAGCCCCAAGCAAGCCGGGC